AUGUCAGAUUCCUCAGAUAGUAGCUCUUUAGAUGACGAUGAUGAUGAUGAUAUGGAUGAUAUGAUGAUGUUCUUUUUCAUAAAAAAGCACGAGAAGAAUUUUAUUGAUCGAAUUCCUUGUAGGACAUCAAUGCUAAGUGGAAAAGAAUAUAUUAGAGAGAUAUUAUGCGGGAAUCCUAUUCAGUGUUAUGUAGCAAUUAGGAUGAAGCCACAUGUUUUGUUGAACUUCUGUGAUAAACUAAAGAUGAUGGGUUUGUUGCAAGAUCGUAAGGAAGUAAGUGUAGAAGAAGGUUUAUCAAUGACGUUUGCUCUUUCAGUAGUUAAAACAGUUGAUAGAGGUGAAGUUCAACCAGUAAUUCGAGCAAAUUCAAGAUGGUAUCCAUUCUUUAAGAAUUGUAUCGGUGCUAUUGAUGGCACACAUGUAGCAGCUUGGGCUUCAUCAUCAAAGCAAAACGGGUAUCCGAAUUUGAAGGGAUUUUUAGCACCAUAUCGUGGUGAACGGUAUCAUCGUUCAGAUUGGCAACGUGUUAGUGGAGUUAGGGGAAAGAAAGAAUUAUUCAACUUUAUGCAUUCAUCCGUUCGUAAUGUCAUUGAACGAGCAUUUGGUGUUGUUAAGAAAAGAUUUCAUAUUUUGCAAAAUAUACCAAAUUAUCCGUUGAGACGACAAAUGUUGAUUCCACAUGCAUGUUGUGCAUUGCAUAAUUACAUACGAAUGGAAGAUAGGGGAGACACUUUAUUUACUAGAUAUGGUGAUGAAAAUAUUCAAAACUUUGAAGAGAGUUUGCAAGUGGUUCAAGAGGGGUUUCCUUUGGAUAUGACGAGUCAAGAUGAGAUGCUUCAAGUUAGAGAUUCGAUUGCAGAUAUGUUGUGGGAAAAGUAUACACAAAGGCGCCAGAGACACUUGCGAGCUUAA